AAACACGAUCACUCGGUCAGCGAUUACACACGUCUGAAAACAUGGCGAAUUUUGUGGAGGCAACAUCCUCGCAGCAAUUUGAGGACUUGCUAUCAAAGGCUGGCAAGUUCUUGACAGUGGUCCACUUCCAGGCAGCAUGGGCCCCACAGUGCAGUCAGAUGAACGAUGUGAUGGGAGAGCUGGCAAAGGAGAACAAACACACCAUGUUUGUCAAGCUGGAGGCAGAAGCAGUGCCAGAGGUAUCAGAGAAAUAUGAGAUUGCCUCAGUACCUACCUUCCUCUUCUUUAAGGGUGGCCAGAAGAUUGACAGGCUGGACGGAGCUCAUGCCCCAGAGCUGACCAAUAAGGUCCAGAGGCUGUCGGUCAGCUCGGGGGGGCUGGGCGGGCCAGGGGUGGAGCCCCCCAAAGAGGACCUUAAUGAGCGUCUGAAGAGACUGAUCAAUGCAGCACCCUGCAUGCUCUUCAUGAAGGGAUCCCCACAGGAACCUCGCUGCGGCUUCAGCCGUCAGAUUGUGGCGCUUUUCAAGGACCAUGCUAUCCAGUACAGCAGCUUUGACAUCCUGUCAGAUGAGGAAGUGAGAGGGGGGCUGAAAACCUUCUCCAAUUGGCCCACCUACCCUCAGGUUUACGUUAAUGGAGAACUCGUAGGGGGACUGGACAUUGUCAAGGAACUAGCUGAGUCUGGAGAGCUGGAGAACACCUGUCCCAAGGCUGUCACACUGGAGCACAGGUUGAAGUCGACCAUCAACAGGAGUCCAGUCAUGCUGUUCAUGAAGGGCAAUAAAGAGCAAGCCAAAUGUGGAUUCAGUCGGCAGAUACUGGAGAUCAUGAACAGUGCAGGAGUGGAAUACAGUACCUUUGAUAUACUGGAAGACGAGGAGGUCAGACAGGGGCUGAAGACAUACUCAAACUGGCCAACGUACCCUCAGCUAUACGUCAAGGGGGAACUCAUUGGCGGGCUGGACAUUGUGAAGGAGCUUAAAGAGAGCGGAGACCUUCCUUCAGUCCUGAGGGGUGAAUGCUAGAUGCCGGUAGCACUGUCACUGUGAUGGGAAUAAAGCUAUGGACUACUGCACACUUCCUUACCCUCUAUCGUCUUAGAACUUCCUUGACCUCUCACUUAAAAAGCCAACAAGGUCACGGUGAAUGCAGUCUGGAGGUACAAGAGAUGAAAUAAGUCCUAUAUUAUCCUCCCAUUGAUUUCUUAACAUAGCACAGGUGUACACGUAUCAAAAGAGAUGUGUCCAAGUUAACCCAAUUGAUCAAAGUGCAUUUUGCCACCAUCAGUUGCAAAUGGAAUAAAGUCGUCCAUGAUGCUG